AAUUGGAAACAAUUUGGUUUCUCUCUUCCCUCUAUCUUCUUCUUCCUCUGUUACAUUAGGGUUUUCUUUUCUCAGAAGGAGCUUCCAAUUGAAACACUAUUUUGCAAUCCCUCCAUACUUUUUCGUUCGCACAAUUUGUUAAUUUGAAAGAAAUCGGCGCCCCGAGUGCUGUCUUCCUGCCUGGUUAUCAAUGUUGGCUACUAGUGCUGUUACUUCUUUGCCCGUGUUACCACCAGUGAGAAGAGGUGGCCACCACAACGAGCAGAAUGUUGGUACCUCAUUGAGUUUACCAAGACUAUCAUGGACAACUAAUAAUUCAAAAUCUCCUAGUUGUGCACAGUUUCCAUUUGGUACAAGAGCUCGCUCUCCUCAAACAGCAACUAUAAUAUGUUCUGCAGCUUUGAAUGCAAGAUGUGGUGCAGAGCAAACCCAAACUGUUACUCGAGAGGCUCCUACAAUUACUCACAUUCCUGGAAAGGAGAAGUCACCACAGCUUGACGACGGAGGAACUGGAUUUCCACCUCGUGAUGAUGAUGAUGGUGGUGGUGGAGGCGGCGGAGGUGGAGGCAACUGGUCUGGCGGAUUCUUCUUUUUUGGGUUUCUUGCUUUUCUUGGUUUCUUAAAGGAUAAGGAAACCGAAGACACAUACGGGGAUGACCGAAGAAGGUGAAGAAGAAUAGGUCACCACAAAUGCAUGCUUAACUUGAAGUAUUCUUUAAUUUCCUCUGUCAUAUUUGCAUACCAUAAUAGGUUGCAUUGGUCAAUUGAUGUUCUGGGCUUGCGUGAGAUGAUGUAAUGCGCAGAAUUUUGUAAUUCCACUUGAAACUUUAGUAUGUGAGGAAAUGUAAUAAUAAUUAGUAUCAAAUUACAUCAGUAUCUGAUUA